GCUAGCGGCAAUGCCAAGCGUUGCUCUUUCUAUCUACAUUGUUUGCACGCGUUCCGAUUUUCAAGCUGCGACUCUGUCAGACACAAUCGUCGCAUCAGCAAAUUACUCACGAUGCCAGAACUCACUGCCCGCAAACGACCGGCAGUAUCCCUGGUUCAAGACCAGGACAUUGUGCUCACGAUCGAAGCUGGAUUGUCUGACCUGAUCAUCACCAUCAUCGGUGCCGUUGAUGAGGAUGGCGUCAAACACGUCACAGACCUGCUCGUCAGUUUGAAUAUCUGCACGAAGUCACCUUACCUGAAGGCUGUCCUCGAAGCUAACGAGGAUAAGACAGAGAUUACUUUUGGUGGCGACGCCAAAUCAGACUACGACGGCGAGAAUAAGGAGGGCACCCUCAUCUGGCUCGCCCAUCUCCAUGAGCUACCCGAACAGCGACUGGAAGAGUUGGGUCUCUUCAAGGUCUCGCUCGUGGGAGUCCGGCAUGCGAUAUCACUGUGGGACACCCAUCAAGAAGGCAAGAUCAAGGAGACUUUGGGGUCUUGGUUCAACAAGUGGUACGAAAAGAACAUGGCCAAAAUCGAUCUAACUGUCCCGACUGCUCGAGCCCUCGCAUACCCAUGCUACAUCUUCGAUCAUGCUGUUGGCUAUGCACGUGUUACCAUGUACCUCGCCUAUGAGCACGUUGGACAUGUCAAGGAGCGCCCGCCGAAGGGUUCCAAGGGUCCCAAGCAUCUCCACAUCAACGAGCGCAUGUUUGUCGGUAAGUCUCUUCCUUUCUUUUCUACCUAUCUACACGUGUGUACCAGAAAACCCCGAAUGUCAAUAUUGAUCAACAGGUCCUCUGAACCAUACUCGCGGAGGUCUCCGUAACUCUCUCCACAAGUCACUCUACUCCCGCGUCGGUAGAAUUCUCCGUUCCGAGACUUCGCUAUGUUCUUGCUGGGACGACGAGUAUGAGAAACACAACCAGUCUGUUGGAGGCCGCUGGGAUACAAAGUGCCGCAUCGAGCAUGGUCACCCUACCUGGUAUAUAUCCUGGCUCGGUCGACCGGACCUCCGUGAGAAGAUUCUCCGAUGUCCUGACGGCUAUCGGGCGCCCGAAGAGGAUUGAAGGUCUUGGGAUGGGCGGAUGUAGUUGUCAGCGUGUUUAUACAUCAAGCGUUCAUCCAAUAUCUCGUGGAUGUUACUCACAAGCACGCUUAGUGGGGUCAUGCGAGUUGACGGGAGUAGGAUUAAGCAGAUUUGACCUGACAAGGGCUG